AGGUGUAUUUGAUGCUUCCCUCAAAAUGGCUGGGUUCUAUGGACUCUACACUUGGCUGACUCACACUAUAUUUGGGAUUAACAUAGUCUUCAUACCAUCUGCAUUAGCAGCAAUCCUGGGAGCAGUGCCAUUUCUGGGUACAUACUGGGCAGCCAUCCCUGCAGUCCUAGAUUUGUGGCUUGUGCAAGGACAGGGAUGCAAAGCCAUUUUGCUCCUGGUUUUUCACCUCUUGCCAACCUACUUUGUAGAUACAGCAAUUUAUUCAGAUAUAUCAGGAGGUGGCCAUCCUUACCUGACAGGUCUUGCAGUAGCUGGUGGAGCAUAUUACCUGGGGCUGGAAGGAGCCAUCAUAGGACCAAUUCUACUUUGUAUACUUGUGGUUGCUUCCAACAUAUAUAGUGCCAUGUUGGUGAGUCCAACAAAUUCAGUGCCCACUCCAUCACAAGCAGCAUGGCCAUUACAGAUUUACCGGUCAUCUAGAGAGAGUCCUGAGGACAUUAAAACGGCUGCAGAGUGAUGAAGGUGCUGUGCUGCACCUACUGAACAUUCGAGAAUCACUGUCUUCUGUCUGGAGUUCCCAACAGUCAUGGCCUUCUGUCCCUUUCCAGCUGUGCUUAGGGGCAGCUCACAGGGAAGCAUAGCACCAUAGCUUGGGUUUUAACGGAAACCACUUCUUGAACAUCAGCUGGCCUUAUGUUAUUAUGCACCUUGCCUCCUCAGGAGAGAAUGUCUACUUCCUGUGGCUUUGCAUACCAACACAGUUC